GCGCCUCUAAAGGCGCUCGCCAGUGGAGUCCUUCGCUGCCGCUUCCUGCUCCUCGCUGCGUCUUCGAGCCCGGGGUCCGUGCCGCCCUGCCAGGAUGUCCCAGGCUGAAUUUGAGAAAGCUGCUGAGGAGGUUAAGAACCUCAAGACCAAGCCAGCGGACGAUGAGAUGCUGUUCAUCUACGGCCACUACAAACAAGCGACUGUGGGCGAUGUAAACACAGAACGGCCUGGGAUGUUGGACUUCAAAGGCAAGGCCAAGUGGGAUGCCUGGAAUGAGCUGAAAGGAACUACCAGGGAAGAUGCCAUGAAAGCUUACAUCAACAAAGUAGAAGAGCUAAAGAAAAAAUAUGGAAUAUAAGAGACUGGAUUUGGCUGCCAACCAUGCAUUUAACCUAAACUGAUACGAUGCCUUGUUUUUUCUAAUCCUGUGGAUGAGGUGAAAUAGUGAAAAUAGCCAGGUAACCUAGUUCCUCAAGGCUGUUCAGGAUACGACUCUAACAGAUUAGGGGCUAAAACGAUUACUGACCUUUCCCAAGUAAUUUUUAUCUGAGAUCAAUUAAAAGUAUAUUUGUUACUUUAA